AUGCCAGUUAAGCGGAACUACGCAUUUGAACGAUUAGAUAUUCCUUCAGGGGAGCAGUAUGUUCUUAAGAUCAACUACCCAUUUAAGGUUAAAGCAGGCAGUGGUUAUCAUAGUUGUUGCAUCAUUGUGAAAAACAUGCAAAGAUGUGUUUAUGCCAUUCCAAAGGAUUCUGUUUUUGACAGCAUAAACAUAGCUGGGAGAAAUUCUCCUAAGUCUCAAAUGUCAGAAUCAACUCUUGGAGGAACUCUGCAAGAUAUGGCAUCAGAAUUGAAGAAUGAAAUAGCACAACAAUUGCUUAAUAUAAAUGUGUCAACUUAUAGCAUGAUGCCAGUUAAGCGAAACUACGCAUUUGAACGAUCAGAUAUUCCUUCGGGGGAGCAGUAUGUUCUUAAGAUCAACUACCCAUUUAAGGAUCCACCACUUCCAGCUGAUCUUAGAGGGAAAAAGUUUCUUGCAUUGCUUGGAACACACACAAGUUCCUUGGAGUUGUUUAUCAUCAAAAGGAAGAUCAAGGGACCAUCUUGGUUGUCGAUUUCCAAAUUUAUGAUAUGUCCUGCUGGUCAACGGGUGAGCUGGUGCAAGUUUGAAAUAAUUGUUGAUUGUCCCAAAGAUAUACGUAUCUCCACUUCAAAGACACUGUUAGAUCCUCCUGUUGUUGUUACAGCAAUAAAUUUGGAAACUGUUAUCAAAGAAAAGAAUAAUGGAAAUGAAAUAGUGACAGCUUCAAUUGUCUGCUGUCACAAGGCAAAGGUAUGGAAAUGCUUUGAUAAACAAGCUGACAAGUCAAAGGAAUUCUUUCCACCAGUAUACUUAUUGGCAAGGUUUAAAUUAGUUAUUUUUGUACUUCCAUGGCAAGGUUUUGUUCCUCAAUCAGGGCAGGAUUGGUAG